AUGGAAAUGUCAGAUUCUAGGCAGAGAAACAGGGUGGUUCGUCACAAUUGCAAAGCUCACAUGAUCAUUUCAUUGAGGGAGGGAUCAUUCACUGUUACAACAUUCACCAGUGAGCACACACAUGCACUUGUCAAAGAGCUUGGACGUCGUAGGUACUACCGGUCUCAUCGCAAGAUCCCGGAAGAAGACCUCGAAUUCUUGGAACUAAUGCAUAACCGAAAUCUGAAAACAUCUGAUAUUAUGGGUAUGCUGGGUGAUGUACAUGGAGGCGACAUACGAACUUUGGGGUAUGUCAAGAGGGAUGUUACAAAUGAGAGAUCCAAGAUGAGGGCAAAAUUGUUGUUUCGGGACAUGGACCUAACAUUGGAAUACUUCAAGAAGCGACAAGAUGAGAACCCAAACUUCUAUUAUGCAAAAGAUGUCGAUGAAGAUAAUGCUGUUCGAGCGCUGUUUUGGGUUGAUGGAAGGACCAGAUUGUUGUACCCCAAGUACAAAGAUUGUGUAUUUUUCGAUACAACAUUCUGCACCAACCGCUACAAUAUGCCCUUUGCACCAAUUGUUGGAAUCAACAACCAUCUGCAGACAGUGGUGCUAGGCUGUUCUUUGCUUGCCAAUGAGACCAAAGAUGGUUUCAGGUGGGUGUUUGAAAGGUGGCUUGAAGCAAUGGAUGGAGUGCAACCGGACCACAUAAUGACCGACCAAGAUCAAGCAAUGGGAAAGGCCAUUUCAGAAGUAUUCUAUGAUGCAAUCCACCGAAACUGCUUUUGGCACGUGAUCCGGAUCGCGGAAACAAAGGUUGGGAAGCCAAUGCAACAAGGAGAGCCUUUUGCACAAGCAUUUUGGGCAUGCAUCUUUGAUACAGAUACCGUUGAGCAGUUUGAAGCUAGUUGGAAACAUGUGAUGACUUGGUUCCAAAUGGAACAAAAUAAGCAUCUGAAAAACAUGUGGGACUCGAGGAAAAAGUGGGCUCCCAUAUAUUUUAGGAGGAACUUUUUCCCUUUCACGAGUACAACGGGCAGGUCUGAGGGGCUCAACUCUUACUUCAAAACUUUGGUUCACCCGUCUGACUCGGUGUUCACGUUUGUGAGGCAGUUUGAACUAUGCCAAGACAUGAUGCUCGACAGAGAAGACAAUGCAGGGUUCAUUAUUGAGACAACAGAACCACCAUUGUGGGGCAGGCUCAACAUUGAGAAGCAAGCAUCUGUCUUCUACACUAGAGAAGUAUUUGAUCGAUUCCAGAAACUUAUUUCUGAGAACACUGCCUUUACCCUUGAGCAACAACAAAAUGAUGCUAGUCUACGCUUUUCCCUGGUUGCUAGUGAUAGGAGAGACACUAGAACAUACCGAGUUGAAGCUGAUGUUGCAAAUGGAUUAUAUGAUUGCAGCUGCAACAUGUUUGAUAUGUGUGGACUAAUUUGUCCCCACAUAAUCAGGGUCAUGGUGCACUUGAAUAUCCAGAUGAUACCAGAUAGGUACUUGUUAGAACGGUGGUCUCAAGCAGCUAGUAAAGGUGCUCCAGUUCCUGAUGCCAACACCCAUCCUCACAUGUUUGGCAUCCCUGGAACAAACACUCUGAGGUACAACAGGCUAUGCCGCAAGAUGAAUCGCCUGGCAUCCGAUGCGUGCUUUAGUGAUGAAACUUAUGAGUUGGUGUCUGCAGCAAUUGAUAGUGUUAGUGCAGUUCUUGAUGCAAAGAGAAGAGGUGGCGACACACAAAAAGAAGGUGAACCUGAUGUGGUUCAGGUGCAAGCGCAACAACAAACAGCACAAGGAGGGUUGCGAAACCCACCACGGCAACAACCUAAGGGCCACCCGAAAGAAUCGGAGAAGCGAAAGAAGCCUCUACUUGAACAACGUGAAGAUGCUGCAAAGAAGAAGAAGAAAGGGAAGAAAGAUGAAGAGACAAACAUGGCGGAAAAGACGAGCACGACCGCCAAAAGAGGCACGGCUUCUAAAAAGAAGAAGAUGUCGGGAACAAAGGUGAUGAAGUGUCCAUUCUGCUUAGGGGAUCACCAUUUGGUUGAUUGUCUUGUCAUGAAAAUGAAAAUAUCUGCUGCGCAAGAAGCUCAGGGAGCUGCGACACAACAGGGAGCUGCGACACAACAGGAUGAAAAUGUGCCCGAAGUGGAACUUGGUCUCAAGCUGUAG